UCUGCUUUGUGUCCUCCAGGACCAGGGUGAGAAGAAGGAGAACCCCAUGAGGGAGCUUCGCAUCCGCAAGCUCUGCCUGAACAUCUGUGUGGGUGAGAGCGGAGACAGACUGACCAGAGCUGCCAAGGUGCUGGAGCAGCUCACCGGACAGACUCCCGUCUUCUCCAAGGCCCGCUACACUGUGAGAUCCUUCGGUAUCCGUAGAAAUGAAAAGAUUGCUGUCCACUGCACUGUCCGUGGAGCCAAAGCAGAGGAGAUCCUGGAGAAAGGACUCAAGGUGCGUGAGUACGAGUUGAGAAAGAACAACUUCUCUGAUACCGGAAACUUCGGCUUCGGCAUCCAGGAGCACAUCGAUCUGGGCAUCAAGUACGACCCCAGCAUCGGCAUCUACGGACUGGACUUCUACGUGGUUCUGGGCAGACCCGGCUUCAGCAUCGCCGACAAGAAGCGGAAAAGAGGCCGCAUCGGUUUCAGACACCGCAUUCGCAAGGAGGAGGCCAUGCGCUGGUUCCAGCAGAAAUAUGAUGGUAUCAUCCUGCCUGGCAAGUAAAGGACCACCUUUUGAUCUUGUUUAUAACAAAGUAAUAAAAUGGGGGAAAAAAAUGUGUUUUUGUGUCGUGUUGUUACUGCAGUGAACACGUCUGCUGACUGUCUAACAUCUGAAAGUCUCACAUUGAUUGAUAGAUAGAUAGAUAGAUAGAUUAAACCUUUAUUGAUCCCACAGCGGGGAAAUUUACAAUGUAACAGCAGCAGAUGGAGCAGAAUAAAAAAGAGCAGCACACAAUGCACACAGUGCAUAGAUAUAAAUAUUUUCUCCUUCUAGAAGAAAAAUACAAUAUUUACAGCAGGCUGAGAUUCUGAAAUUAGUGCUUCAACUUGUACCUCGAAAGUUGAAUCAGGGAAUGACAUCGCGCUCGAUUUGACCAUGUUCAGUACAAAAUGUUAAAAAAGAUAAAUUCCUUCAGGAAAAUGGGAGAACCAGUCGGUAACAAAGCAUUAGUCUGUGUUUUGUGCAUCCAAAUAUAGCAUUUCUGCAGAUAGAAGCUGGACAGUACUGUGUGUACAUCUGAUAAGAGGCAGAAGUGCUUAUGUACGAUACAUUACUACAGUUUAUACUAAUGAUGUCCUUGCUGGUUGUCUUGGGUGUUGGGGUCGUGGUUUAUAAGGUUGUUCUUUCUGGUUCGAGAAAAUUCAAAAGUUUUACUAAUUUCCCAUUUAGAAAGCUGAAAAUGCCACUCACAAAUGUCUGCAUUAUUUAUUUAUUGGCUCCUGUAAACAACAUUGUUGAUUAUAAAAUGCAUCAAUGCAGCAGCGAUUGUUGGGAGACGAUGUCUUUAAACUAGAUGUCCAGAAAUUCCUAAAUUUCACAUAAUGUAAUUUUUCAUGCUUGUUGCUGUCCAGGUCACAUUGAUUAACUGGGUACAUUAGGAUAAAUUAUAUUUAAAUACAGCUGGAAAUACACUCCCAUUAAUAUGAAAACUCAGUAAUUAACAUGAAAUAAUCUGCAUUGAUGUAACCCAAUUUAAAAAAAUAAAGUCUUUUUUAGCCUUA